CGCAACGGCGUAAAAAGGAAAGUUGACUCAGUGAUGCCACUCCUUUCGGGAAAGCGCCCACACACUUAUGGCGUAGUGGUUGCGUGUGAAAAGGUUUCAGAAACGCGGUGUGCAAUCCCGAAUUCCUGUCGAGUGGAAUCGGAUGCGAAUCAAGGGAAGCCCCCCUCGCAUCGACCAUGUAGUAGAGAGUACGCGUACUUGAUGGCAUGACUGUACAAGCAUGCGAUGCCACAGAACAGAUGGGAAGGCACAACAAACGGCAACUGUUGGGUUGUACAACCGACAGAUGCGUGGCAAGGCUUGCUCCGCUCGUCUUCUGCAUCUAUCCGCUGACCGGCCGUUUAUACGAGAAGUCGUCGAUUGCACGAGCCGGCGCGUGUCAAUGUCGGCCACAUCCGAAGCGCCAAGUCGCUCUCUGCUGUCAAGAUGGCGUUUGCACAUUGCAUCCUUGCUUUCUUCCGAGUUGCUCUUGCUCGUACACCGAUCGGAAGAUGGAAGAGGCCGCCAAGUCGAGCAGACCAGGCCUUGGCUGAGACUCUGGACCCGCGUGGCUGGCUGCGUGCUCACAUGAGUGAUGAGAAGGAGUCGGCACCCAGCAGCUGUCGGUGACCACCAUUGGCUGCAACAUCCCAGCUGUGGCUUGACCGUUGAAGUCUCGAUGCCAUUCGUACCCAAAUCUAGGGGAGAUGACAAGGUUAAGGACGAGAUGUGCGUUUUGUGUUGAGUGAGAAGGAAGCUGAGCUUGGAUCUACACCCUGCGGUUCCUUCCCCGUCUUC